AUGAGUUUCAGAGAGGAGGUUGAAGAUGGGAGGGGGGAUCUGAAGAAGCCAUUUUUGCAUACUGGAAGUUGGUAUAGGAUGGGUUCAAGGCAGUCUAGUGUGAUGAGUUCUGCUCAAGGAAUAAGGGACAGCUCUAUUUCAGUACUGGCUUGUGUUUUGAUUGUGGCUCUGGGUCCUAUCCAGUUUGGUUUCACUUGUGGCUAUUCUUCACCAACACAAGCUGCAAUCACUAAAGAUCUCAAGCUUACAGUAUCCCAGUUUUCUAUGUUCGGUUCAUUAUCAAAUGUUGGGGCUAUGGUUGGGGCAAUAGCAAGUGGUCAGAUUGCUGAGUACAUUGGACGAAAGGGGUCUUUAAUGAUUGCUGCCAUACCUAAUAUUAUCGGUUGGAUUACAAUAUCGUUUGCCAGAGAUAUUUCAUUUCUGUACAUGGGAAGGUUGUUGGAAGGUUUUGGUGUCGGAAUUAUCUCUUACACGGUGCCUGUAUAUAUAGCUGAGAUAGCGCCUCAAAAUAUGAGAGGCGGAUUGGGCUCGGUGAACCAGCUAUCCGUGACAAUUGGGAUUCUUCUUUCAUAUCUACUUGGACUAUUUGUUAAUUGGAGACUUCUUGCUGUUCUCGGAAUAUUGCCUUGUCUGAUAUUGAUACCUGGCCUGUUUUUCAUCCCGGAAUCUCCUCGGUGGUUGGCAAAAAUGGGAAUGACUGAUGAUUUUGAAGCUUCCCUGCAAGUUCUUCGGGGGUUUGAUACUGAUAUUACCCUCGAGGUUAAUGAGAUCAAGAGGUCCGUAGCAUCAUCAACGAGCAGAAGAACGGCAAUCCGUUUUGCAGAUCUCAAACUUAAAAGAUAUUGGUUACCUCUCAUGAUAGGAAUUGGGUUACUUGCUCUGCAACAGCUCACUGGAACUAAUGGUGUUCUCUUCUAUUCUACUACUAUUUUUGAAUCUGCUGGGAUCUCGUCAGGCAAUGUCGCAACAGUUGGUGUUGGUGUUAUUCAGGUCAUUGCUACUGCAGUUUCAACAUGGUUGGUGGACAAAACCGGACGAAGGAUUCUACUAAUUACCUCCUCUUCUGGGAUGGCUAUUAGUCUCCUUGUUGUUGCUGUUUCAUUCUUUUCGAAGGGCUUCGUAUCAGAGGAUUCUUCUCUCUACAGCAUAUUUGGAAUUCUAUCAGUAGUUGGGGUUGUGUGCAUGAUUGUGGCUUUUUCACUAGGAAUGGGGCCCAUUCCAUGGCUUAUCAUGUCUGAGAUUCUUCCUGUCAAAAUCAAAGGCCUAGCUGGAAGUGUGGCAACUUUGAUUAACUGGUUUGUUUCCUGGGUUAUUACAAUGACUGCACCGUUGCUAUUGGAUUGGAGCAGUGGAGGGACCUUCACUUUUUACACUGUCAUGUCCGUUUUCACUGUGAUAUUUGUGGCAAUUUGGGUGCCAGAGACAAAGGGCAAAACCUUAGAGGAAAUCCAGUUCUCCUUCAGAUGA